AAACUUGGUUUGUAGGAAAUUACAUUAUUGCCCAUGAAAUUAUUUUGUGAUCGAAAACUAACUUGUCUUUUCAACUCUCUUUUGGUUUACAAGGACGGUUUUGUUAAUAGGUAGUUUAGAUGAAUGGACCAUUGAACAACAGAGCUGCCUUUCGUUUAUACAAAUCAAAGAAUAAGGAACAAUUAUUCUUUUUCCCCAUUAGGGUUUUAUUAGGGUUUACAUUGUACCGUAAUCCUUCUAGACUAGUACUAUAUAUAUUCUACAUUCCUCUGCAGCACUUUAUAGUUUCUAUUUAUAACUUAAAACUCCCGAAACAACUCGAACUUAACAAAUUAACCAACAAAUUGAAAACCAAAGAUGACAAAUUUAUUUACACAAAUGUUCUGUCGCACCCUCCCUGUUAUUUUCUGCCCCCCUCCUUUCUCAAACUCACACACAUUCAUUCAAACCAAAUCAAACACGUUGAAGAACUUACUCGACAUCGCAUGGAAGACGACACCGUGGUCGAUGAGGCCUUGUUAAACAGAUCGAAGAACAAGUUCCGACGCUGCGUCUCACACGCACGAGAUGAACUGCAUAGCUUUAGGUCAUACUUACGAUGGAUGUGCGUGGACCAAUCCAGUGUUUGGAGGGCAUGCCUUUCUUGGUUCAUGUUCAUCUUGUUCGGGAUUGUUGUCCCGGCCAUGUCCCAUUUUCUGUUCGGUUGUGCAGCCUGCGAUAGCAAGCACAAGAGGCCGUACGAUAGUGUGGUGCAAUUGUCAUUGAGCAGUGUUGCGAGCUUGUCCUUUGUUUGCCUCUCAAGGUUUGUCAAGAAGUUCGGAUUGCGAAGGUUCUUGUUUUUUGAUAAGCUUUAUGAUGAGAGCGAGACGGUAAGGAAGGGGUACACAGCACAGCUCAAUAGAUCAUUGCAACUUUUAUGCUUCUUUGUCAUUCCAAUCUUUGCCAUUGAAAGUGUGUACAAGAUAUGGUGGUACGCAUCUGAAGCCACACAAAUUCCUUUUCUGGGUAGUGUAUACGCGAGUGCCGCGGUAGUCUGCGUCAUGGAGUUGUGCUCGUGGCUCUACCGGACCACCAUGAUUUUCCUCGUCUGCGUUCUGUUCCGUCUGAUCUGCUACCUCCAAAUCCUACGGCUACAAGACUUUGCAACAAUGUUUGAAGUGGACUCUGAUGUUGGAUCAGUGUUGUCUGAGCACCUUAGGAUCAGAAGGCAUCUGAGGAUCAUAAGCCACAGGUGCCGUGCGUUCAUAUUAUGGUCUCUCAUUUUGGUCACAGGGAGCCAGUUUGCUUUGUUGCUCAUCACUACCAAGUCAAGCGCCAAGGAAAAUCUCGAUGUUUACAGAGCUGGUGAACUUGUGUUAUGCUCCAUAACAUUGGUUACCAGCCUCUUGAUCCUACUACGCAGCGCAACCAAAAUCACUCACAAGGCGCAGGCCGUCACAUGUCUCGCAGCCAAGUGGCACGUCUGCGCCACACUAGACUCGUUCGAUGCAGCGGCAGCUGAGAUUACCAGCGGCCGAGUGCUGGCUGAGGCCGUUGGUACUGAACGUGGAGAAUCAGACAGUGAGGAGGGUGAUGCCGAUGAAGAUGAAUUGGACAACACCAAGCUGAUCCCGUCAUAUGCAUAUAGUACCAUCUCUUUCCAAAAAAGACAAGCUCUCGUUACAUAUUUUGAGAAUAAUAGAGCGGGAAUCACAAUUUUUGGGUUUACACUGGACCGGACUACACUUCAUACCAUAUUUAUGCUGGAGUUAUCAUUGGUUCUCUGGUUAUUGGGAAAGACCGUCGGAAUUUCUUAACAGAAGGGUCCUACAUCAGACUGUCUUUGUGUUGCUAGGCCCAUGCCGGGAGAGGAAUUUUGCACUGCAAUUGGGGAUGUAUAUUCAUUCAAUUUUCUUUCUUUCGUUUUUCUCUUUUAUAAUUUUUAUGUUUCAUAGUUUGGAAUAUUUUUUUCUUGGUGAGCCUCUAUUUCCUUUAUCUAUUUAUUACUAUCAUUGUGUCCACAUAUUCACUAAAACUUCAGAGAAAUGCCGAACAAGGGAUUCCUCGGCCGGUGUACAAACGAUCUAGGCCUAUAUUCGGAGUUUUCGGCCGCUGGACGACGACCGCUUCUUGUUCUCACCCAACCGCUUCUUUAUUUUUUGUUGUUAUUUUGAAUUCUAUACUAAAGAAGA